UCCGUAGAUAAACUUUCCCUGGAAAGCAGACGAUUCUGUAUGCACAUGCGCAAAUGAUCAUUGACCAGAAUCACUCAAAAUGGCAGCAUGCAUAGAUGGUGUCACUGACAAUAUUUUACUUGUUACUGACUCUUAUAAAGUCACUCAUCAUAAACAAUAUCCUGAAAAUACUACCUUUGUAUAUUCCUACUUUGAAAGCAGAGGUGGAAAAUUUCCAAAGACAGUUUUCUUUGGUUUGCAGUAUUUAAUAAAGCGAUGGCUUGUGGGUCCUGUUGUGACUAAAGAAAAAAUUCAAGAAGCUAAAGAAAUUUAUAAUUUACAUUUCGGGCAAGAUUUAUUCAAUGAAGAAGGUUGGAACUAUAUCUUAGAGGAACAUGAUGGUCACCUGCCAUUACGAAUAAAGUCUGUCCCAGAAGGAACUAUAAUUCCUUACAAGAAUGUAUUGUUUACUGUCGAAAAUACUGACCCAAAAUGCUUCUGGCUUACAAACUAUUUCGAGACACUCUUAGUUCAAGUUUGGUAUCCAAUGACCGUAGCUACAAACUCUUACUAUCAGAAAGAUCUAAUUGCUAAAUGUAUGCAGGAGACAGCAGAUGAUUUUUCUGGUCUGCCUUACAUGCUGCAUGAUUUUGGUUUCCGUGGGUCAACAUCUGUUGAGUCAGCAGGUAUAGGAGGUGCAGCCCAUCUGGUGAAUUUUGAAGGGACUGAUACGAUAGCAGCAUUAACAAUUGCCAAGAAUUUUUAUAACUGUGAUAUUGCUGGAUACUCUAUUCCUGCUGCAGAACAUAGCACUAUAACAACUUGGCAAAAGGAUGGAGAAGUGAAUGGAUUCCGAAAUAUGUUAGAGAAAUUUCCAGAAGGUAUUGUUGCAUGUGUUAGUGACAGUUACAAUAUCUGGAAUGCAUGUGAGAAUCUAUGGGGAGAACAGUUGAAAGAUCUCAUCAUUGAAAGAGGAGAACGUAAUGCACGAUUAGUUGUCAGACCAGACUCAGGAAAUCCCUCAGAUGUUGUAAUCAAGGUUCUUGAAAUUCUUGGCCGUAAAUUUGGAACCAGCACAAACAGUAAAGGCUAUAAGUUACUUCCUCCUUAUAUCCGUGUUAUUCAAGGCGAUGGUGUAUCAUAUGAAACAUUGGAAGAAAUAGGUAGAAACUUGAAAAGACAUGAAUGGAGCAUUGAUAAUGUCACUUUUGGCAGUGGAGGUGCUUUAUUACAGAAAAUUGAUAGAGAUACUCAGAAAUGUGCUUAUAAAUGCAGUUCAGCAGUUAUCAAUGGAAAAGAGGUUUCUGUUUUCAAACAACCCAUCACUGAUUCUGGGAAGAAAAGCAAAAAAGGUCGAUUGACUCUUGAACUCAAGGACGACCAGUAUGUGACAGUUCAAAGAGGAAAGGGUGAUACUAAUAAAGACAUUCUUGUGACUGUCUUUGAAAAUGGGAAAUUAUUGAAAGAUUUCGCUUUUGAAGAGAUUCGUAAGAGAGCUGAGAUUGACUUGUUGAAGAAUAAAUGAAAUCUUCUUAAAGACCAAAGACAGAAUUUAUUAUAAUAUGCUUCUUUCUGAUCUCCAUGAUCACCACAGCAUAGAAGGUUUGUUGUUUCUGCACUUGAGUCAGAGUUCUAUGGUAUCAUUACUGUUAUUUCAAUGAGUAUAACCAGAUUUAUACUACAGUAGCACUUCUAUAAUCUCAGUAUGUAUACAUUUACUUCUGUCUAUUGUUGCCAUUCUGUUGUUGUUGAAGUAUUUUACUUAAACAUAGAAUCACAUUCGCUGAAUAUGUAAAGGUGUUUUUCCAGUGUUUUUGGUGCUAUAGAUCACUUAGAUCAGUUUUUGAUGGAUGUAUUUUUGGGUAAUUUUUCAUACCAUUUUGUUUCUUACAAUUUCUAAAUACCAUGAUUGUUGAAGACUACACAGAUUGAAUUAUAUUAAUAUUAGCUGAGGUAUUUGUUGCUGUGCUGUUCUCAUAAUUUCUUUCCUAUACCUUUAAACUAAAAUCAUGAAUGUUUUACAUUGUAAAAAGAAUUGUUUGAGGUUAGUUGUUGAUAUUUAGUUUUAUAAAAUAUCAUAAGUAAUUUAUCUAAGAAUUAUAAUCAUGUGAGAUAAUAAGAUAGCCUCUAUAUAUUCUAUUGAUUUGCAAGAAAUAUCAGCUAAUCUCUCUUAAGCCACACUCUAUCAUCUUGAAAAGGACACAUUGGAUAAUGUAGUCUUAGAUACACUGCAUGAAUAAAGAAAAAAAAAAUGAGAUGGUCUUGGCUAGAACACCUUUGAUUAUAAGCCUGCUGGUUCUGGACAACAACUAUUAUUUUUCAUUGUGUGAAAUGAUGAUGUAUCUGAAAUAUUGAGAAUGAAUAUUUCUUGUCCUUUGAGAUAACAGGGAAGAUUUAACACAAAUAUACCUCAAGUCAAAAUGUCAGUAGAUUUCAAAUUGACAUUAUUUAAAUGAAACUUUUGAGUAUUGUAAAUCCCUGUGUAGGAGGUGUUAAUUUAUAUGCAUUGCAGUAUCUAAAUUUGUCUCCAUUCGGUUUUGAGUUAAAAUUUUUCUAAGGAACUUGAAACUGAAGCUGGGUAAACAUUAACUUUUAUUAUGGCAGGAUUAAAUUAAAUUCAUGGUCUGCAACAUUUAAAAUCUUUGUGCCUAGUCAAUAGUAAAUUGUUAUUUAAAAUUUUUGUGGUGGGAAUGAGUAGUUCUCAGUAAAUUAAAUUGUUUUCUUGUUGGAACUGCUUCCUUAUAUCUCUAAUACCUUUGGUAAAAGUAUGAAUGCUAUAAAUUUUGUUCUUCUUGUCACUACACUAUGCCAGGUGUUUUUAGAAAAUUCCUAAUUUUAAGUUUCUAAAUGAUGGAGAAGGCCAUAAGAGUAGAGAGACUGUCAUUAAUUUCUCUACAAUCAAUAAAAUAUGUACUAGUAGUAUACUAUAUUUAACUGAAUCAACUAGAUCUCUCCACUGAAAAACUUAUAUAAUUCGGUGAUAAUACUCAUGACCAAAUUAAAAUUAUAUACUUGAUUGAGGAAUCAUUUUUUUCUAUCAAAUCAAGGAAAUACUAUUCAUAUCAAUACAGGAGUGAAGCAGUGUCUGUGUAUGUUGAGUUGCGAUGUUGAACCGUGAAUGUCUUUCCCAAAGGACACUGUUAAUAUAAGUGAAGUGAAAUAUCACCAACUGUGAAUUGAAAUCUAAUUAGACAUAGCUUACAAGGAAAUUAUGUACCUCUACUACAUAUAACUUACCUCCAUAUACAAUCUAUACAAACAAUAAGAUUAAUUGAAUCUAUAAAGGAAUUUUGAGAAUCAAAAAGAUUAUCAGACAUCAUCAAUUCAAUCAUGCAUGUAUUUUUCAGUGUAUGUGCAUAAUCAAUUUUGUUUCCAGACACCAAAAUGACAUAAUUAGCAGGAAAGAGAGAUGGCAGGAAGCAGCCAGUAUUAAAUUGUAUGAGAGAAAAAGGGGGCUUAUUGACCCCAUAUUUUUUUUUUUUCAGAUAUAACAAAUAGUUAUAUAUUCAGUUGUAUUAUAUGAACAAUCAAAACCCAGCAAACAUGUAUCCUGCAUGUUCUUCUUCUGAAUUCUUCACUUUCAUUAUUUUCCCAUUCAAAUUCAUUAAUUAUCAGUUUUAUAUGUGAGUAUUCAAUGUCAUUAGUGUUAUGAACUAUUUAGAGUAAAUUUCAUGUAGACAGACAAUAUUGUUUCUCUCUCAACGGCUGUCAAUUAUAUAUAACUAGCUAUUGUUAUUUGUUUGUUUUCUUUUUAUGAUUUUUAUCAUGGUUUUUCUCUUUGUUUCCUUUUUUAUUAAUAGUUCAUCAUUGUCAUUUCAUUUGGAUGUUAUUUAUGUACUUAUUUAUAUAAUUAUAUUGUCAAAAAAAAAAAAAGAAGAAAAGUGAGAACUACUGUUGUAUCACUGUCACCAAUGCAUAGUAGUGAUGCCUUAACUCUUGUAGUUUACUGAUUAUUCAAUUCAGAUAUAUUAUUUGACUGUGUUACAUAAGAUAAGAAAUGAUGGUAGCCAGAGUGAUGAAAACUGUUGCUGUGUGAGAGCUGUGUAGGGUAUAGAAUAAUUGAUUGUAUGUCAUAUAGAAGAUAAAUGCUUUAACUGUAAGACUAUAAUUUUCUUGACUGUUGACCACGUCUUUAGAAUUAUGAUUUUUCAUUAAUUAUACAAACACUGUGUUUCAGUCAGAUUGAUCCCCGAUUGCCAUUAAAUAUUUUAUUUUAAGGUAGAUGAGAACAUUGCAAUGCAUGUUUAGAAAUAAAAGGUUUUAGCUUGAAUCUAGUCUGUAUUAAGUACGCAACCAGGAAUAAGAUAUCUAAUCCCAAAUGGGAAUAGACCAAUCAAAAAAGUGUCACUGUCAAAUUUUGAACAACUUUUCAUCAUUAAAGAUGAACUUAAGAGUCUGAAAAAUUAUUAUCUUAUUAACAGCAACUUAUUUGAAAUAUUUAGGUAUUUGACACUAUAAUUCUGUUUGCAUGAAAUAUUUGACAAAUGUAACAUAGGAUAUAAUAUAUACAGGACAUGGUGUGUAAUACAUUGCAUGGAUGCUGCUUGCAUGGAAAACAUAGGUGAUGUUGUGAACAUGUGAACAGGUGAUUAUUAUGUGAACAGAUGAUUGUUAUGUGAACAUGUGAACUAGUGAUUAUUAUGUGAACAUGUGAAGAGGUGAUUAUUACAUAAACAUGUGAACAGGUGAUUGUUAUGUGAACAGGUGGUUAUUAUAUGAACAUGUGAUUAUUAUGUGAACAGGUGAUUGUUAUGUGAAUAUGUGAACUGGUGAUUAUUAUGUGAACAUGUGAACUAGUGAUUAUUAUGUGAACAUGUGAACUAGUGAUUAUUACAUAAACAUGUGAACAGGUGAUUGUUAUGUGAACAGGUGGUUAUUAUGUGAACAUGUGAUUAUUAUGUGAACAGGUGAUUAUUAUGUGAACAUGUGAACUAGUGAUUAUUAUGUGAACAUGUGAACUAGUGAUUAUUACAUAAACAUGUGAACAGGUGAUUGUU